CUCUUACCCCCAAAAAAAUUGAGUACCACCACAGCAAAGAGAAGCAGCAGCACCACCAUCCACCUCCAGCCAGUAGCACAUUUCACCAUCACCAUCACCAUCAUCAUCAUCGUCGUCGUCUCUUCUUCUCUCUCUUCAUCUGUUACUUUUUUUUUUACUUUUCUUCCCCGUUUCGCUCUCCGUCAAAGUCUUCUCUCUCUUUUGCUAUUUUUUUCUCCACUGUAAAUUCCCUUUUUACCCUUAAACCCAUCGUUCGUUCCCCCUGAGACACGGCGGCCACGAAGAAGAAGAAGAGGGAAUAAUAUAGAGAAAAGAGGCGAUUGAUUGAUUUGUCCCAUCGGAGACGCCGCUCGUUGUUCAGGGAAAAUGACGACGGCGACGACGACGACAUCGGAACGAGAAGAGUUAGCCAAGCACUGCAGUUCACGGAACUGGUCCAAAGCGAUCCGAGUUCUCGAUUCGCUCCUUGCUAAGCAGUGUUCAAUUUUGGAUAUAUGCAAUAGAGCGUUUUGCUAUAAUCAAUUGGAGCUUCACAAGCAUGUGAUUAAGGACUGUGAUAAGGCACUUCAGCUUGAGCCUUAUGCCAUUCAAGCUUAUAUACUCAAAGGACGCGCUCUUUUGGCGUUGGGGAGAAAACAGGAAGCUGUUCUUGUUUUGGAGCAAGGAUAUAAAAAUGCUUUUCAGCAGACAGCAGAUGUGAAGCAGUUACUUGAAUUAGAAGAGCUCCUAAAAGAUGCAAGACGAGAAAUUGAUUGUACUUUCAAAAACCAUGCCACCGAGUCCCGGCAAGAGACCCCUGCCUCGCAUCUAGGAUCAUGUGCUAGUGAGAAGUCUGAUGAAAAAAUUGAUAAGCAUGACUCUGUUUUUGGAACAAGCGAUAAUGCCUGCAAAUUAUCAAGUAUUGCAGUUUCUGAAUCAGGAGCAUGUAGCAAUGGGAACUCCCACGAGGUAUCCAGGGAAUUGGGCGAGCCAAUAAAGGUAAAUAGCUUUUCAAAGGAUGCAUCCAAGGCAAGCAAGCAAUCUGGUGGUAGUUCCGACUUAUGUAAUGGAUCAUCGUACAAGGAAAAAGAGAAUGGAAAGUGUGGCAGCCAAAUCAAUGGUUCUUAUGAAACAUGUAAACCAUGUAAUGGUUCUGAUUUGCAUGAUAAUUUAGCUGAAAGUUCUGGUCGAUUAGGGGAUCUGACUAUUAGUGGAAAAAAAUUAAGCAGUACGUCUGGAUUUACUAGCAAAUCAAACCAUAAAGCUGAGGUACGUUGUGGAGUUGGCACCGAAAUCAAGAUAAACAAGAAGUACACCAUAGCAAGAAUAUCAGGAAACCAUUCUAUAAGUGUGGAUUUUCGACUUUCUAGAGGCAUUGCACAGGUGAACGAAGGAAACUAUACAAAAGCUAUAUCUAUUUUUGAUAAGGUGCUGAAAGAAGAACCAACUUACCCUGAGGCACUUAUAGGAAGAGGGACAGCUUAUGCAUUCCAACGAGAGCUUGAAAGUGCUAUAGCUGAUUUUACUAAGGCUAUUCAAUCUAACCCAGCAGCAGCUGAAGCCUGGAAGCGGAGAGGACAGGCUCGUGCUGCCCUUGGGGAAUAUGUUGAGGCGGUUGAAGAUUUGACUAAAGCACUGGUUUUUGAGCCAAACUCACCUGAUGUAUUGCACGAAAGGGGUAUUGUUAAUUUCAAAUCUAAGGACUUCACUGCUGCUGUAAAAGACCUAUCUAUAUGUCUGAAGCAAGAGAAUGAUAACAAGUCCGCAUAUACUUAUUUGGGACUAGCAUUUGCUUCACUUGGUGAAUAUAAAAAAGCUGAAGAUGCGCAUUUGAAGUCCAUCCAGCUGGAUAGUAAUUAUCUUGAAGCCUGGCUUCAUCUCGCCCAGUUCUAUCAAGAGUUGGCCGACCACAGCAAGGCUUUGGAAUGCAUUGAGAAGGUUCUACAAGUCGACAACAGGGUUUGGAAGGCAUAUCACUUGCGUGGAUUAGUAUUUCAUGGUUUAGGCGAACACAGGAAGGCUAUCCAAGAAUUAUCUAUCGGCUUAAGCAUUGAGAACACAAUAGAGUGCUUGUACCUACGAGGUUCCUGCUACCAUGCUGUAGGAGAAUAUAGAGAUGCGGUGAAGGACUACGAUGCUACUGUGGACGUGGAACUUGAUGCAGUUGAAAAAUUUGUUCUUCAAUGCUUGGCAUUUUAUCAGGUUGUGAUAUUAUUCACCUGUAAUUAUUUUUGGUUACUUGUAUUUUUCAGGAAGGCUAUCCAAGAAUUAUCUAUCGGCUUAAGCAUUGAGAACACAAUAGAGUGCUUGUACCUACGAGGUUCCUGCUACCAUGCUGUAGGAGAAUAUAGAGAUGCGGUGAAGGACUACGAUGCUACUGUGGACGUGGAACUUGAUGCAGUUGAAAAAUUUGUUCUUCAAUGCUUGGCAUUUUAUCAGAAGGAGAUUGCCUUGUACACGGCUUCCAAAGUUAGUAGUGAGUUUCUCUGCUUUGAUAUUGAUGGUGACAUAGAUCCAAUGUUCAAGGAGUAUUGGUGCAAACGGUUACACCCAAAAAAUGUAUGUGAAAAGGUUUACAGACAACCUCCCCUACGUGAAUCCCUUAAGAAGGGUAAACUGAAAAAGCAAGAUCUGGCAAUAACCAAACAGAAGGCGAAUGUUCUUCGUUUUGCUGAUUUAAUAGGCAAGAGGAUCCAAUAUGAUUGUCCCGGAUUCUUACCAAACAAACGCCAGCAUCGUAUGGCAGGAUUGGCUGUGAUAGAGAUUGCUCAAAAAGUUUCAAAAGCUUGGCGCAUAGAGUGGAGGAAUUCAAACAAAGGCACCGCAAAAAAUGGGAAAAAGAACCGGAGGAGAGAGAGAAUCAAUAUGCUUAGCCAAAAUAGAGGUGGUGCUGGGUGUAGUACUAGCAGUUCUAGUGAAACUUCAACAACUGGGUAUGCCUCACUAGAAUCAUCUGGCCGCUCUAUGUUGUCUUGGCAAGAUGUAUAUUCCUCUGCUGUCAGAUGGAGGCAAAUUUCAGAGCCUUGUGACCCAGUUGUGUGGAUUAACAAACUUAGUGAAGAGUUUAAUUCUGGGUUUGGUUCUCAUACACCAAUGGUACUCGGACAAGCCAAAGUUGUACGCUAUUUCCCAAAUUAUGAAAGAACCCUGACUCUUGCACAGAGCAUCAUCAAGGAGAAACUUUCUGUACGCAGCAAAAAAGAUAAAGUUAUUGAUCUAUCUAAAGAUGAGAAGAUAAAGGAAAUUAUGCGUGCUGAAACGUGCGAUGAGCUACACAAAACUGUUGGUGAGGAUUUCUGGGUGGCUACUUGGUGCAACAGUACGGCAACCGAAGGGAAACGCCUCGAAGGAACUAGAAUCACCUGCCUUCAAAAACCGGGUAGGCUUGGGCAUGAUUUUUCAAUUCGAACUCCAUGUACACCUGCAAGGUGGAGCGACUUUGAUGAAGAAAUGACCUCAGCUUGGGAGGCUUUAUGCAAUGCCUAUUGUGGGGAGAAUUACGGUUCUACUGAGUUCGAUGCUCUAGAAACUGUUAGAGAUGCUAUCUUACGGAUGACAUAUUACUGGUACAAUUUUAUGCCGUUAGCUCGAGGGACUGCGGUAACGGGAUUUGUAGUGUUACUUGGACUUCUGCUAGCUGCUAAUAUGGAAUUCACUGAGACUAUCCCGAUAGGGUUACAGGUCGAUUGGGAGGCUAUACUUAAUGUUGAACCAAGCUCCUUUGUUGGUUCGGUUAAGUCUUGGUUAUACCCAUCCCUGAAAAUCAACACGUCGUGGAGAGAUCACCCGGAUAUUUCCUCGGCUUUUUCGACAACCGGAUCAGUUGUCGCGGCGCUUAGCUCUUGCAAUGAUUGACAACUUAUGGUUUAGUCAAAAAUCUACAGCUUAUGAUGAUAUGCUUCUGUCUAAAAACAAAAAAACAAAAAACAAAAAAGCUUUGUUAGGAUUUCUAAAAAAAUUAAACUCUCACAAUUAACUUUAUAUUACAGAUAUAAUAAUGUAUCUAAGUAUGGUCUUUCUCGUUUCAAAUCACAAGUCAGUUCUCGGA